AUGAGUCGUCAAGGAAAUAGAGAGGUCGACUUGAUGUUGUGCGCAAUUCUUCUUUGUUUAUCUGACUGGUCUGCUGCUCAGAUUUCCUACUCCGUUUCAGAGGAGGUGGACAAAGGCACAACGGUGGGAAAUCUCGCAAAGGAUUUAAACAUUCACUCGCAGCAACUCGAGGAACGAGGAUUUCGGAUUGUUUCGGGCUACAGUAAGACCUUUUUCGAGGCAAAUUUAAGAACUGGAGCUUUGGUUGUUAACGAUAGAAUAGACCGUGAAGAGCUUUGUCCGAAUCUACCUAAAUGUUCCCUUAAUAUAGAAGGAUUAUUAAGCAAUCCUAUGAAUAUUUAUCGCAUAGAAGUCACUAUACUUGACGUGAAUGAUAACGCACCAUCCUUCCUUGAGCAAACCCAUGUGUUUAAUAUCUCCGAGUCUUCUUCAACGGGAGAGAGAUAUCCGCUCCCAAUAGCUCAGGAUGCAGACACGGGCAGUAAUUCAGUGAAAACAUACAAGCUAAGUCCGAACGAGCAUUUCUCCAUAGAUGUGAGCAGCGGAGGAGACAGUGUUUCCGCCGAGUUAGUGCUGCAGAAAGCAUUAGACCGAGAGAAACAACCAGCCAUUAAACUAACAUUAACCGCUCUCGACGGAGGAAAACCCGUCAGGUCUGGCACCAUGCAGAUUCUUGUGAAUGUGAUAGAUGUUAAUGAUAACACGCCUUUGUUUAGCAAGCCGCUUUAUAAAGUAAGAGUCAGCGAAAAUGCACCCCUCAGUACGACAAUAUUGAAAUUAAAUGCGACCGAUUUAGACGAAGGUCCACAUUCAAAUAUCAGAUAUUUUUUAAUGAAAAACGGAAAUGCAAACUCUGCCGAAAAAUUUAUUGUUAUUCCUGAAAGUGGUGAAAUCACUGUGAAGGUUCCUUUGGAUUACGAGGAAAGCAAUGCGUAUGAAUUACGAGUACAGGCAACAGAUCAGGGUGCUUCCCCUCGCAGUGGUUAUUCUAAGGUUCUUGUAGAGGUUGUUGAUGUCAACGACAAUUCCCCAGAAAUCUCUAUAACUUCACUGAUGAGUCCAGUAAAGGAAAGUGCUGACAUUGGAACAGUUGUUGCAUUAGUGACUGUGACUGAUAAAGAUGGAGGUCAAAAUGGCCUUACAAAAUGCAAAAUUGAAGACACAGUACCUUUUACAUUAAAGUCAAAUUACAAGAACUAUUAUUCUUUGAUAGUAAACGGUUUUCUUGACAGAGAGACUGUGUCACAGUACAAUGUAACCAUUACUGCUACAGAUGAAGGUAAUCCGCCUCUAUCAAGCACUGCUAUAAUCACUGUGCACAUUUCGGAUAUUAAUGACAACGCACCACGUUUCCCAGAAUCCAAUAUCAAUAUUUUUGUAGAGGAGAAUAGUAAAGUGGGAGAUAUUAUAACAAGAGCAACUGCACAAGAUUCAGAUGAAAAUGAAAAUGCAAAAUUGACUUAUUCGUUAAUUGAUAAUUAUCCCAAAAGUUUUCCAAUUUCAACAGUUGUGAAUAUAAACUCGGAGACUGGAGAUAUAGUCAGCCUGCAGUCUUUUAACUAUGAGGAGUUAAACACGUUUCAGUUUAAAGUCCAGGCCACAGACUCUGGUGUUCCUCCUCUCAGCAGCAACGUGACUGUGAACGUUUUAAUUCUGGAUGAAAAUGACAAUAAUCCAACAGUCCUCGCGCCCUAUUCUGAGCACGGCUCCGUUAACAGUGAGAGCAUCCCCUAUUCUGCUGAGGCGGGAUACUUUGUGGCAAAGAUCAGGGCUGUAGACGCAGACUCUGGAUACAAUGCGCUGCUUUCGUAUCACCUCUCUGAGCCCAAAGGAAACAACCUCUUCCGGAUCGGAACCAGUAGCGGAGAAAUCAGGACUAAGAGGAGAAUGAGUGACAAUGACCUGAAAACUCACCCCUUGGUGGUGUUGGUUUCUGAUAACGGAGAACCCUCCCUGUCAGCUACUGUCUCUAUUGAUGUGGUGGUGGUUGAAAGCACAGCUGACAUCCAGACUCAGUUCAGACAUGUGCCCAUAAAGGAGGAGAGCUUCUCUGAUUUGAACCUGUAUCUGCUGAUCGCCAUUGUGUCGGUGUCAGUGAUCUUUCUGCUGAGCCUCAUCAGUUUAAUAGCUGUCAAAUGCCACAGGACGGACGGCAGUUUCAGCAGGUACAGCGCCCCAAUGAUCACCACCCACCCUGACGGGAGCUGGUCUUACUCUAAAUCUACUCAGCAGUACGACGUGUGUUUCAGCUCAGACACAAUGAAGAGUGACGUAGUGGUUUUCCCCGGUCCGUUUCCGCCUGUAGAUGGUGAACUGAUCAGUAUUAACGGAGGAGACACUUUUACCAGAACUCAGACUUUACCCAACACAGACAAG